AUGUCACUGUCAUCAGAUAUUGAGCAAGGUCACGACCAAGUCCACCCCCGCCACGUCAGUCAAAGUGGUGGUAAGACCGCUUUCAAAGAUUACUUGGGUAAGUUUGCUGAUGUAGAGGAUCCAUUGGAAAGAAGAAGAUUGGCUUUGGAGGAAAUUGACAAGUCCGGUUUCGGUUGGACUCAAGUCAAGAUGAUUAUGAUUGCCGGUGUUGGUUUCAUGACUGAUUCUUACGAUAUCUUUGCCAUUAACUUGUCGGUCAACUUCUUGCAAUGGGUUUACUGGGAAAACGGUGUUAUGCCAGACUCGACCACCACAUUGAUCAAGGUUGCCACUUCUGUUGGUACUGUUAUUGGUCAAGUCAGUUUUGGUACCAUGGCUGAUAUUGUUGGACGUAAAAAGAUUUACGGUUUGGAAUUGGCUAUUAUGAUCUUUGCUACUAUUGCCCAAGUUGUUCUUGGAGAGUCCCCUGCUAUUAAUUUUGUUGCCAUCUUUUCUGCAUUGAGAAUCUUGAUGGGUAUUGGUAUUGGUGGUGAUUACCCAUUGUCAUCUAUUAUUUCAUCUGAGUUCUCCACCACUAAAUGGAGAGGUGCAAUUAUGUCUGCAGUGUUCUCCAACCAAGGUUUGGGUCAAAUCUUUGCUGGUGUCGUUGCCAUGAUUUGUGUUGCUGGUUACAAGGACGACUUGAUCAAUUACACAAGCAAAACCGGAUGUACCGGCCCUUGUCGUAAAGCAUGUGAUCAAAUGUGGAGAAUUGUUAUUGGUUUCGGAUGUGUUCCAGGAUGUAUUGCCUUGUACUACAGAUUGACCAUUGCUGAGUCACCAAGAUAUGCCCUUGAUUUGGAUGAAGAAGGAAACUUGAAGAAACCAGAGAACGCAGAGGUUGAAGACUUGAACAAUGUUGAAAUUGAAGUACCAAAGGCCAGUUUUAAAGAUUUCAUUAGACAUUUCGGACAAUGGAAAUAUGGUAAAAUUUUGUUGGGAACUGCAGGCUCUUGGUUCAUGUUGGAUGUUGCUUACUAUGGUUUAGGUUUGAACACAACUACUAUCCUUCAAGCUAUUGGUUACGCCAGUAAAAAGACUAUUUACCACACUUUCUAUGACAGUGCUGCCGGUAACUUGAUUCUUGUUUGUGCAGGUUCUCUUCCUGGUUAUUGGUUCACUGCAGCUACUAUUGAUACUGUUGGAAGAAAGCCAAUUCAAAUUGGAGGAUUCAUUCUUUUGACCAUCAUUCUUUGUAUCAUGGGAUUUGCAUACCACAAGCUUGGAGACAAGGGUUUGCUUGCUCUUUUCGUUUUGGCUCAAUUUUUCCAAAACUUUGGUCCAAACACCACCACCUUCGUUGUUCCUGGUGAAGCUUUCCCAACUCGUUACAGAAGUACCGCUCACGGUUUGUCAGCUGCCAGUGGUAAAGUUGGUGCUAUCAUUGCCCAAACCUGUAUCGGUACUCUUCAAAACCACAACUGUCCAGCAGGUGUAAAGGGUUGUUGGUUGAACCACGUGUUGGAAAUCUUUGCUUUGUUUAUGCUUCUUGGUAUCUUCACCAGUUUCUUGAUUCCAGAAACCAAGAGAAUGACUUUGGAAGAGAUUUGUGAGAAAUACCACGAUGAAGUUGAUCUUACCACCAUUGCUAGAGACAAGUUUGUCAAGGAAGAGCCAGAGCACUACGAUUCAGAUGUUAAGGCUUAA